AUGACGCCCGCCGAGUCUGGUGGAAGAAUGAUGCUCUCGCCCAACGGACGCUGCUCGCACCAAGCGCGUAAAGUCCGACUCUACGGCGAGCCAGUCGGGCGGGCUGGUGGUGAGUGCUGGUCGGCCGCGCGCAAUCACGAACGACGUCGUCGCCGGGCAGCAGUGCGCCGUGUCUCUGCCUCAGCGGCGGCAGUUCAGGCUGGCAAGACAAUCGCAGCAGCUGUUGGCUCGCGUGCAGUUGUAUUAAGAUUUGAGAUUUGCGCUUCAAGGUCAAGUGGGACUUGCGAAGCGGGAGGCUCCACCUGUGCACACCCUGUACCUGAGGAUCAACCAGCGAACCUGGUGGGCUGCCGUUGGUCAAGGCUGCGCGGAACAGCAGCGAGCGCUGUGCCCGCGUCUCUUGCGGUGGAGGAGUGGUGGAUGCAGGUCGGCAGAGAGGAAGAAUCAAUGGAUAAGGCGCGCAGCGAGGGUGAGGUGAGAGGAAGGGCGAGAGAGAAGCGUGCGUGCGUGGUGGUUGAGAAGAGGAAGCCGGGCACAGCGCGCAGAAUGGGAAAAGCCGCCGCGCUCUCUCUCACGCACUCUUCGCCGUCGCUGGAAGCUUUGGGAGCUUGGGCGGGUGACGUACUGCGGCCGUUGGGCGAGUUAAACCAGCCAAACCACCGCGCCGCUAGCCGCUUCACCACCGUCAAAUCAAUCGCUACUUGUCUCUGCACGCCCAGAACGCGCGCGCUGCCUUCACCAACAUUCACUUGCACAUGA